AUGGGUUCCACAGACACGCUGGCCGGAAGCCUUGUCUGGCUUGACGUGCUGGCAGACUGGCAGGUGUGCCUCACCAAAGCUGUGGGCUCGCGGCUGGCGCACGUGCUGGGCCUUCGAGGGCCCACGCUCACGGUGGACACCGCCUGCUCCUCCUCUCUGGUGGCUUUGGGAGUGGCACACACCGCUCUGCGCCGGGCUAUGCCCGAGCAGGUGGAUCCAGGAAUCCUACCACAUAUCCGGAUGGCGCUGGUGCAGGGCUGCAACCUGCUGCUCUCCCCCAGGAUGUACAUUCAGUACUCAGGCCCCCACAUGCUGUCGCCCCGGGGCCGAUGCUUCACCUUUGACAGCAGCGGCGACGGCUACGCGCGGGGCGAGGGCUGCGGAAGCCUAGUGCUGAAGCUCGGUCCGGAUGCAGCUGAGGCGCAGGAGUGCUUUGCCUCCCUCAUCGGCUCUGCUGUGAACCAAGAUGGCCGCAGCGCGAGCAUGACAGCGCCGAACGGUCCAUCGCAGCAGCAGUGCAUCAGGAACUCCAUGCUGGAGUCCAAGCUCAAUGCCAGUGAGAUCAAUGUGGCUGAGUGCCACGGCACUGGCACAGCACUCGGGGAUCCCAUCGAAGUGAGCGCUCUGCGCAUGGUGAUGCAGGAGCGCCCCGCGCCGAUUCUCAAUACCAGUGCCAAGACCAACUUGGGGCACUUGGAGGCGUCUGCUGGCAUGGCAGGGGUUCUGAAGUGCGUCAACAUCCUGAACGGCAGCUCCUGCCCGCCCAACAACCAUCUCAAUUUCCUGAACCCGCACAUGGACACCAACGGGUAUCCGGUGUACUUCGCGUCAGAGCUGGUGGACUAUGGUGUCAAAUCAGGCAUCUCGGGGGUCUCCUCCUUUGGCUUUGGCGGCACCAAUGCGCGCGGCGACCUUUGGGGCCGCUGCUUGAGGGGCGCGCGGAGGACGGAGCACCUGGACACUGGCACCUGGGUGCUUCAGCGUCAGCUCUUCUAUGACCGAGUCUUUCACUAUGGCAAUCCAGGACCCCAUGCCAGUGACCAGAUCUACAUCGCCGGAUCCUGGGACGCCUUCAGCAGCAUGCUGGAGAUGGAGAAGCAGGUCCUUGGAGAGUACACAGCGUUGGUCCAGCUGGGCGAGACAGGUCGGGAGCAUUUCCGUUUGCUGGUCAACCAGGACCCGAACCAGAUUAUCCACCCGGGCAAGGCCAUGGCGGGUCCGCGUGAGCCCGCCAUCGGCCCGGACCGCCGGGGCAAGGCUGCAAGCUGGCUCAUCGACGGCAUGCUGGAGGGCACCGGCGCUGCGUCCACCUAUGUGGUGAAGUUGGAGUGGGGCUUUACCUGGGAGCGCGGCGAGUUCAGGAUCGUGACCUGGCGACCAGGUUCCAUGGACGUGCCGCGGUUCCGGCGACCGGCAACCUUCAACCACAGCUACGCGAUCGUCGGGACCUGGACAGCCUGGAAGUGCCAGGAUAUGGUGCGGAGCCAGGAGGAGGAUGGUCUUUGGAUCACUUCCGUGCGCUUGGGCCUCGCCGGGCAGGAGGAGUUUCAAUUCCUGCGCGACAGAGACUGGAAUCAGGUGAUCCAUCCUGCUGCAAGCCGGGUGACAAGCCCGGACGUCGCUGUGCGCGGUCCUGACAAUCAGAGCCACAACAGGAACUGGUUGCUGCAAGGCCGCAGCAACGAUGUGGUGACCAUCCAGCUGCGCGUCAUGGACGGUGAGAUUACCGUCACUAUCCGCUCAGAUGACCACGGCACCAAGACCUGGCAGAGCGCUCCGGCCAGCUUGACUGCGGAGGAGCCCAUCUUCCUGAUCUCGGGCUCGUGGAACAGUUGGAGGCUGGAGAUGAUGAAGAAGGCGCACUGCCUGGCCGCCAGUGAAGCCUUGGAGGACACUCAGGAGGCUGCAGACCAGGUGAUUUUCCAGUUCGAUCUGAUCUUGGGCACUGACGGCGUGGCAGAGUUCCAAAUUGCGGUGGACGACUGGGGCGGCGAGCACCAGUCUUUGGGCCCUGCACAGUGGCGCCUUCCCAUCUUGGACCCGAGCCUCAAAGAAGCUCAGCGGCGGCUGUAUCCCAACAGGCCGAAGGCUGGCCUUGGGGAGGCGCAUGUUUGCGGCCCCGACAACCGUGGGCAUGGCCUCAACUGGGCCAUCCUUGGGGAUCCAGGCCAACACUUCCGAGUGACCCUGGACCCUUCAGAGGAGGGUCAGAAGGUGGUUUGGUGGACAGAAAUCCACCCAUCUAUUGCAGAUGCGUAG